AUGGAUUUAACAACCGAAGACCCGCAUGAUGUCAGACUUUCUGAUCAUGUGAGGGAUGAUAAGUGGACUGCUUUGGAAGAGAGGUUAAGGGCGGUUGAAGGAAAUGAUUUAUUUGAUCCUAUUAGGGCAGCUGAAGUAUGCUUAGUACCUAACAUUGUAAUACCAAAGAAGUUCCGAGUGCCAGAGUUUGUUAAGUAUACUGGGAUGGAAUGCCCAAACACCCACUUUGAUCUUACUUAUAUGAGGCUUGACAACAUGAGGAUCAAAAAAUGGGCGGACCUGGCGGAUGCUUUCUUAAAGCAAUACAAGUUCAAUCUUGAGAUCGCUCCUGAUAGGACCAGUCUUAUGACCAUGGAGAAAGGACAUCAAGAGUCUGUAAGGGCUUAUGCUCAAAGAUGCUCAACCCAGCAUUUCUAUGAUGCUGUGCGGAUUACCGAGAGGAUUGAACAAGGAAUCCGAAGUGGGAGAAUUGCAGAACCUGUAAAGAAGAAGGGUUUCAUUGUAAAAAGAAAAGAAACUGAGGUGCAUAGCCUAGAAGGUCAUAGCAUUGAGACAUGCGUUGCUUUUAAGAAAAGGGUGUUACAGCUGAUGAAAGUUGGAUGGAUCACUUUUGAGGAUUCACCUAAUGUGAGUACGAAUCCUUUACCCAAACAUGCUGCUGGUAGUAGUGAGGUGAAUGCCUUGGAGCUUGACGUGGAUGAUAUGAUUGCUAAAUCUAGAGAAGGAGAGAAUCAUGUCCAAAUAUUGAAGAAAUUAUUUGAAAGACUAAGAAAAUAAGCAAAGUGUUCGUUUGGUGUAAAAUCUGGGAAGUUGUUGGGAUUUGUGGUGAGUGAUAAAGGGAUAGAAGUGGAUCCUGACAAAGUAAAGGCUAUUCAAUGUAUGCCAGCUCCUAAGACUGAGAAGGAUGUAAGAGGAUUCUUAGGAAGGUUAAAUUACAUUGCUCGAUUUAUAUCCCAAUUAACCACGACUUGCGAUCCAAUCUUUCGUUUGUUAAGGAAGAAGAAUCCUGGAAUUUGGAAUAAAGAGUGCGAAGAGGCUUUCAAGAAAAUCAAGCAGUACCUGCUAAACCAACAUGACGAGACCAGAAGAAAAGAAAAGGUCAUUUAUUACCUAAGCAAGAAGUUUACAGAAUGCGAGGCUAGGUAUACUGUAAUUGAGAAACUAUGUUGCGGACUCAUAUGGGCUACAAAAAGGUUACGCCAGUAUAUGUUGUAUCACACCACAUGGUUAAUUUCAAAAUUAGAUCUGUUGCGGUACAUAUGUGAAAAGCCCUAUCUAUCAAGCCGAAUUGCAAGAUGGCAAGUUCUGUUGGCUGAAUAUGACAUAUUAUAUAUGACAAGGAAAGCUGUAAAAGGGAGUGCCAUUGCCGAUCACCUGGCUGACAAUGCUAUGGAAGAUUAUGAGCCAUUGAACUUUGACUUUCCUGACGAAGAUGUGCUUUCAGUCGAGGAAAGGAAAUCAGACGAAAGGAAAUUAGAUGUAUGGACUAUGUACUUUGAUGGUGCUGUAAAUGUAUGUGGUAAUGGAGCAGGUGCAGCAAUAAUCUCCCCUAAUAACAAACAGUAUCCAGUUUUAGUCAAGUUACAGUUCGGGUGUACUAACAAUAUGGCUGAGUACGAGGCUUGCAUCAUCGGGUUAGAAGCUGCAUUGGAGCUAAAUAUCAGAAAGAUAGAUGUGUAUGGAGACUCAAUGUUGAUUAUUUGCCAAGUGAAAGGAGAAUGGCAAACCAAGGAAAAGAAGUUGAGACCUUACCAAGAAUACCUGGCUAAACUGGCUGGAGAAUUUGAGGAAAUAGAGUUUACCCAUCUAGGAAGAGAAGUAAAUCAGUUUGCUGAUGCCUUAGCCACACUAGCUGCUAUGGCUAGACAGGCAUACCCCAUGAGGGCAUCCAAAAUUGAUAAGAAGACCUUGAGGAGGUUAGCAAUGGACUUCUACAUCAAUUUGGAUAUUUUGUACAAGAAAUCAUCUGAUGGGACUUUGUUGAGGUGUUUGGAUGAGGUCGAGGCAAGAAAGGCAUUACAAGAAGUCCAUGAAGGGAUUUGCUCAACACACGCUAAUGGACACAUUAUGGCUAGGAAAAUACAAAGGGGCGGAAUCAACGCCCCUCCAGCUCCCUUGUUUAACCUAACAUCUCCAUGGCCUUUUGCAAUGUGGGGAAUUGAUGUGAUUGGGCCUAUCAACCCAAAAGCCAGCAAUGGUCAUAGGUUUAUUCUCAUAGACAUCGACUACUUUACGAAAUGGGUAGAAGCUGGAUCAUUUGCUCAUAUAACACAAAAGGUGGUGAAGAAAUUUAUUGAAAGAGAUUUGAUCUGUCGAUAUGGCCCACCAGAAAAGAUUAUAAUCGAUAAUGCCCAGAACUUUAAUGGAAAGAUGAUAAUAGAACUCUGUGCUAAAUGGAAAAUCAAGCACUCCAAUUCCUCACCAUAUAGGCCAAAGAUGAAUGGCGCAGUAGAAGCUGCCAAUAAGAAUGUCAAGAGGAUUAUUCAGAAGAUGGUAGUCACCUACAAGGAUUGGCACAAGAUGUUGCCAUUUUCCCUUCAUGCAUACCGCACCAUAGUUCGAACUUCCACAGGAGCUACCCCGUACACUUUGGUAUAUGGAAUGGAGGCAAUGAUGCCUUUAGAAGUAGAGAUCCCAUCAUUGAGAGUACUGAUCGACUCUGAGCUAGAAGAGGCAGAAUGGGUGAAAGUUAGAUACGAACAACUGAAUCUGAUAAGUGAGAAGAGAAUAGCUGCAAUUUGUCACCAUCAACUCUACCAAAGAAGGAUGGCCAAAUCAUAUAACAAAAGGGUUCGACCUCGAGGAUUCCAAGAAGGAGACCUUGUACUGAAGAAAAUAUUGCCUUUACCAGGAGAAGAUCAGAGUAAAUGGGCACCCAACUAUGAUGGCCUUUACGUGGUGAAGAAAGCUUUCUCAGGAGGAGCUCUAUUGUUAUCUAGAAUGGAUGGAGAAGAUUUAGCUAGACUUGUGAAUUCUGACUCUAUAAAAAAAUAUUAUGCUUAA